AUGGCAGUAUUGAGGUUGAUGGGAAGUGGAGGCAUCAUGCUGAGGAGACAGGGAGUCCAACAGCUGAAGCUUGUGACUCGCCUUGCCAGCUCCAUUGAGCACAAAUUAGACCCAAAAUGGUUUGAAAUCUACACAACAGAUCCAAUCAAUAGAUCAGAACCAACUUUUGACAAAAUUCUGAUAGCCAAUCGAGGAGAGAUUGCUUGUCGAGUUAUACUGACAGCCCGCCGAAUGGGAAUCAAGACAGUGGCCAUCCAUUCAGACGUGGACUCAAAUGCAGUUCAUGUCCGAUUGGCUGAUGAGAAGGUAUGUGUUGGGAAAGCACCCACAAGCCAAUCAUAUCUCAAUGUUGAUGCCAUCCUGGAUGCCGUGAGAAAGACUGGAUCUCAAGCUGUUCAUCCUGGUUAUGGCUUCUUGUCUGAGAACACAAAAUUUGCAGGCAUUCUUGAGUCUGAAGGCAUUACAUUCAUUGGUCCCUCUGCUUCAGCCAUCAUCAAGAUGGGAGAUAAGUUGGAAUCUAAACGUCUUGCCAAGGCUGCCAAUGUCAAUGGAAUCCCUGGAUAUGAUGGAGAGAUCAGAGAUGUUGAUCAUUGCCUUGAAAUUGCCAAUCAGAUUGGAUAUCCUGUCAUGGUGAAGGCUUCAGCUGGAGGAGGUGGCAAGGGAAUGCGAAUUGCAUGGAAUGACCAUGAAUGCAAGGAUGGUUUCCGACUCUCAAAGGAUGAAGCCAAGUCAAGCUUUGGUGAUGAUCGGAUGCUGGUUGAAAAGUAUGUCAGCAAUCCUCGACAUAUUGAGAUCCAGGUUUUGGGUGAUAAGCAUGGGAAUGCCAUCUAUCUAAAUGAAAGGGAAUGUUCUAUUCAGAGGAGAAACCAAAAGGUGAUUGAAGAAUCUCCCAGCCCCUUUGUAGACCCUCAGCUACGAAAAGCCAUGGGAGAGCAGGCAGUUGCAAUGGCAAAACAUGUUGGCUAUUCAUCAGCAGGUACUGUGGAAUUCCUGGUGGAUGAUCAGAAAAAUUUCUAUUUCUUGGAGAUGAACACUCGACUGCAGGUGGAACACCCAAUCACAGAAUGCAUUACAGGAGUUGACUUGGUAUAUCAGAUGAUUCGAAGUGCUAAGGGGUAUCCAUUGAGACUGAAGCAGUCUGACAUCCCAGUACGAGGAUGGGCCAUUGAAUCUCGAGUAUAUGCUGAAGACCCCUCAAAGAACUUUGGUCUUCCAUCCAUUGGGCGAUUGAGUAGAUACAUUGAACCCAACCACCUUGAAGGAGUUCGAUGUGACAGUGGAAUCGAAGAAGGAAGCGAUAUAAGUGUCUAUUAUGAUCCAAUGAUUUGCAAACUGGUCACAUAUGCCCCAACACGUGAAUUGGCCAUCCAGAAGCAGAUUCAAGCCCUAGAUGAAUAUGUGAUUCGAGGUGUGACACAUAAUAUCCCCUUGUUGCGGGACAUCUUCACCGAAGCCCGCUUCCGCAAGGGCGAUAUCAACACCAGCUACUUGCCAACUGUGUACCCAGAUGGUUUCCAGGGGGUUCAGCUUACAAACACUGUCAAGAAAUCCCUAAUGGCAAUAGGGGCUGUAAUGAGAGCCAAAGACAAGAAGAGAAUGCGUAUGAUCUAUGGCCAAGCUCCAACCCAUCGUGUCAUCCCAAAGUCAUUUGAGUUUGUUGUGAAUCUCCGUGAAGAGAAUACUCCCUGCACUGUUGUAGAGAAAGAUGGCUAUUAUGUUAUCACAUUUGCUGAUGGUGAGAAGGUAACUGUCUCUGACACAUUCAACUUGGCUGAGCCUGUUGCCAAGAUGAAGGUGAAUGGGAAGAAUGAUAUUGCACAACUGAUCUGGAGAAAAGCUGGAGGAAAGAUGAGAAUCAGAUACAUGGGGACUGCAUUUAAUGUGAAUGUCCUGGAAGGAUCAGUAGCAGAUUACAUGAAAUUCAUGCCUGUCCUCGUGAAGGCAGACACAUCCAAGACAGUAAUUGCUCCUAUGCCUGGGGUGGUGAAAUCUGUCUCUGCUCAGGUGGGUCAGAUGGUGCCAGAAGGCCAGGAGGUUUGCGUCAUUGAGGCUAUGAAGAUGCAGAAUUCUUUGACUGCAGCUUCAGCUGGAAAAGUCAAGGCUAUCCAUAUUAAAACUGGAGACACUGUUGAAGAGGAUCAAGUCCUUGUGGAGUUUGAAUGA